CCCGGAUCUCCUGGGUGAAAGCCAGAUAUCCUAACCGUUGGACUACAACGGAAUUGUGCUGACAUGGUGAGAACAACAUUUAUGAUUAGUUGAAAUUAGAUCCUUCUUCAAAUCCCUCCACCAUCCCUUCUCUUCAUCAGAUUCCAUGCGCCACGAUGACAGCGUCAAUCCAGCAGUUACUCGUUAGUCCCCCGUCAACCUUUCCGGGCCACUCCAUCUCGAAGAAAAACCCACCUCUUCCACUCUCCGAAUUCUCCCGAAAAUCCGCUAAAACCCUUUCUGUGAAACUGAUCGACCUGGGAGGAGGCAUUAAGGAGGCCUUUCUAUCGCUUAGUAGUUCCUUCGUUGGUCCAAACCCAUCUCAAUUUUGCUUGGAUAGAGCUUAUUCAUCAGUCCUUGAGCUCUGUGCCAGCGAGAAAUGUUUAUCUCAGGGACAACAAAUACACACUCACAUUGUAAAAUCGAAUGCUGUAGAGGAUUCCCUUUUUUUGAGUACGAAGCUCGUGUUUAUGUACGGAAGAUGUGGUGCUCCGUUGAAUGCGGAGAAGGUGUUUGAUAGAAUGCGCGAAAGGACAACUUUCACGUGGAAUGCCUUGAUUGGUGCUUACGUUACAAAUGGGGAACCCUUUGGAGCACUUGAAUUGUAUGAAAGAAUGAGGAUUUCUGGGGUUCCUCUUGAUGCUUGUACUUUUCCUUGUGUUCUUAAAGCAUGUGGGCAGCUUCAAAAUAUCCACACCGGGUUUGAAAUUCAUGGUCUAGCAAUCAAGACGGGCUUGGCUUCUAAUUUAUUUGUUGUGAAUUCACUCCUCGGUAUGUACACAAAAUGCGAUGUUCUUGACUUGGCAGUGCUGUUGUUUGAUAGAUUGAGUGACAAACAGGAUGUCGUGUCAUGGAACUCUAUUAUUUCAGCUUAUGCUGCCAACGGGCUGUCCAGGGAAGCCUUGAGGCUCUUCAGGGAAAUGGAGAAAACUGGUGUAACCCCGAGCACAUAUACUUUUGUUGCUGCUCUUCAAGCCUGUGUGGACAAGUCACUCGAAAAAAUUGGCAUACAGAUCCAUGCUUUUAUUCUGAAGUCUAGCCACCAUCUUGAUGUACAUGUGGCCAAUGCUUUGCUUGUAAUGUACAACAGAUGUGGUAAAGUUGGUGAAGCCUUGAGAAUUUUUGAUGACAUUGAUGAGAGGGAUAAUAUAUCAUGGAAUUCAAUGUUAUCAGGUUUUGUCCAAAAUGGGCUAUACAAUGAAGCUCUACACUUUUUUCAGGAGAUGCAGGAUGCAGGCAGAAAAACUGACCAGGGUUCAGUAGUAAGUCUGCUCGCUGCCUCUUCUAGAUUGAGAAAUCUGUUGUAUGGAAUGGAAAUUCAUGCUUAUGCAAUAAAAAGUGGAUUAGAUUCUGAUUUACAGGUUGGAAACACACUUGUAGAUCUGUAUGGGAAGUGUUGCAGGACAAAUUAUAUGGAUUCUAUUUUUCAUAGAAUAUCCAAUAAAGACUUUAUUUCUUGGACCACAGUCAUUGCGGGGCAUGCUCAGAAUAAUUGCCAUGUGAGGGCGUUAGAAUUGUUCCGGGAAGCACAGAUGGAAAAGAUGGAUAUUGACAGACUGAUGAUUGGGAGUGUCUUGCAGGCUUGUAGUGGGUUGAAAUGCAUUUCCCUUGUAAAAGAAAUUCAUAGUUACAUUUUGAGAAGAGGAUUGUCUGAUCUUGUGCUACAAAACACAAUUUUGGAUGUUUAUGGAGAGUGUGGAAGUAUAGAUUAUGCUUCUUCUGUUUUUAAGUCGAUUGAAGAUAAAGAUAUUGUGUCCUGGACAAGCAUGAUCACUUGUUAUGUCCAGAAUGGGCAUGCAAAUGAGGCUCUUGACCUUUUCGUUGGUUUAAAGGAAACUGACGCUGAACCCGACUCUAUAGCACUAAUGAGUAUACUCUCCGCUGCCUCUAGUUUGUCAGUCUUGAGGAAAGGAAAAGAGAUUCAUGGCUACUUAAUUAGGAAAUGCUUCAUUCUAGAGGGAGCAAUAGCAAGCUCUCUUGUGGAUAUGUAUGCUAACUGUGGGUCUGUAGAGACCUCGUUGAAGAUAUUUAAUUGUACGGGAGAUAAAGAUUUGGUUCUAUGGACUAGUAUGAUCAAUGCAUAUGGGACGCAUGGCCAUGGUAAAGAAGCUAUUAAUUUGUUUAAACAGAUGGAGGCAGAACAUUUAAUUCCGGAUCAUAUUACCUUCUUGGCAGUUCUUCAUGCAUGCAGUCAUUCAGGACUGGUUGAUGAAGGUAGAAGAUUUUUUGAAGUAAUGGAAAGUGAAUAUCAGUUGGAGCCAUGGCCAGAACACUAUACAUGUCUGGUUGAUCUUCUUGGCCGUGCAGAUCACUUGCAGGAGGCAUUCCACUUUGUGACAAACAUGCAGAUGGAGCCUACUAGCACAGUGUGGAGUGCUCUUCUUGGUGCUUGUCGGGUACACUCCAAUGAAGAAUUAGGAGAAAUUGCAGCACAUAAACUUCUUGAAUUAGAUCCGGAGAACGCCGGAAACUAUGUACUUGUGUCUAAUGUUUUUGCUGCAUAUGGUAGAUGGGAAGAUGUAGAAGAAGUGAGAAUGAGAAUGAAGGGGAAACGGCUGAAGAAAGAUCCAGCUUGUAGUUGGAUUGAGGUCGGCAAUAAGGUUCACACAUUUGUUGCAAGGGACAAAUCUCAUCCACAAUCUGUUGAAAUUAACCAAAAGCUGACUGAAAUUACUGAGAUAUUGGAGAGCGAGGGAAGCUACAGGACUCAAACCAAGUUUGUUUUGCAUGAUGUAGAAGAGCAAGAGAAAGUCAAAAUCCUUCAUGGACACAGUGAAAGGUUGGCAAUUGCAUAUGGCCUGCUUACUACGCCUGAGGGUACCCCAAUCCGAAUCACAAAGAACCUCCGGGUUUGUGGAGAUUGCCAUAUUUUCAGUAAGCUAGUUUCAAAGUUCUUCAAAAGGAAAAUUAUUGUCAGGGAUGCCAACAGAUUCCAUUGUUUUGAGGAUGGAGUCUGCUCUUGUGGAGAUUUCUGGUGACAUUUGGGAAUCAUAUUGGAAUGCAGAACCAUAUUAAAAGUCUGUUCAAUGUUUUAUGUAAAAAUGUAUCGGGAGCUCUUCCUUCUGGCGCAUGAAGCUACUCUUGUACGGUUGUAUGUGUAAAGAUAAUUAUAUGGAGUUGUUGAACAGAGUGGAUGCUUAGAUGUUAACUUGUGUACAUUAGUUCUUCCUCUAUUUACUUGAAAUUGUAUCCCUGUCUUCUUUACAACUUGAAAUUAUAUGGAGUUGUUGAACA